UCCCGGCUCAAAGUCUACCAAGCCAUUCUCUGGUUUUGUCCAAGUCCACAAUGGUGCACCUAUGUCCGCGUUACUCCUACUUCUUACCUCUUUUUUCGAGAAAGGACAAAACAAGACGCGUCUUUCAAGACCAUCCUCGACUAUGGUUUUCCCUUCUUCUCUCUGUACAUACAGUUGAUACGCGUUUAACACCCUCUUCCUCUAUCUCAUCCAAUAUCCCCUCUCCACCAUGUGUGUCUCCACUAAUAUCCCCUUCUUUCCCCUGGGGAAAGCCUACAUCCCGCUCGAGACCCGUGUGACCAAAUUCGUCUUCGAUAGAAACAACCUCGCCAUCCCACCACAUCUCCAGCCCAUGACACCCAAACGAGUCCACGAUGAGCUCCGCAACGUCCGCGAAACCGCCACGACCACAUUCAACUUCCUCAAAGCUCUCGACCGUAUCUACCACACGCGUUUCUACCACAUGUGUCCCAAAACAGAUCGCACCCAAUACUACCUCCACCGCGAAUCCAUCGACUACCUCCUCAACUGGGAACCAGACUCCAUCCACCCUUACCUCCAAGCCUCAGCCGAAGCGCGCGGAUAUCGCAUCCUCCCCGUCGUCGCCCCCACAGCAAAAAUCCCCCCAUUCAUCCUCCACUUCCACAUCGAGGAGGAAACAUACACGGCCUUCCAGAUCGAAUAUUCCCGUCUCCGCAUGGAGUAUCUUCGAGGUCCGUACAUGCGCUGGAUCGACGCGAAGGCGAGCAUGGAAAAAGUCCUAAGGGGAUGUGAGAGUGAGAUGGGCGAUAUGGACUAUCGCGCUUGGCGGAGGUGGUGGGAUCGGAUUUUUCUGAGGGAGAUGGAUAAGUGGGAGCAUAGAGCGCAGGAAAUCAAGAUGCCGGCGUGGAAUGAGAUUGUUAAGGAGUUGUAUUGUUUGAUUCAGGAGAGGGUUGAUUUGGAGGGGUUUUGGGAGGAGUGAAUUGUGGUUGGUUGGUUUGAUGGAUGAUGGUAUUGGGAUGGAUGUUGGUUUUCGAUAUCGAUACGAGUCGCUGAGGACGUGGAGCAUAUUAUUGGACUGGAUGUUGCAGUACAAAGGAAGUUGGCAAUCAUUCAUCCUUUUAUUGGAAAAACUACACUCGACACAAUGAACAUGGGUAUGGUGAACAUGAAAAGAAGCAAAAAGGAAAGGAAGGGAAAAACCGAAAGGACGGAGACCAUAUUAUGUACGAUGUACGAUGUUUGACAUCUACCUUUCGUUCUUGAUGUUUCUGGCACUGAUCAAAAAGUUUCUACUUUGGGUGACAUCAACAUCCCAUCUAUACAGUUAAUCUUAAUGAAUUUGUAUUUUAUUAUCACACUAUUACAAUGCAGCAG